AGCUGCCCAGUGUCCACGAUGACUCGGUACGCGCCUCAUUGAGGCUCUUUUUUUUCAUUUCUUUCAUUCAGAUUUUGGGAUUUAAUAAGUGAUCGUGAAUGGCAGUGGAAAGUGUAAUGAGUGUUUCUUGUGGAUCAUUUUGAGUUUUGUGUUUUUCGAUGGAUUUAUACGUCGAUGAUCUAUCGUUUCACCGAGAUACUUAUAGAAUUUUUUAUCAUCACUGAAAUCAGGUGUCUCGUUUGUGAUUUUUCUAGAUUUUGUGUUCUUUAUUCGAUUUUGAUAUUAUUGAUCUCUUAUUUUCUGGGAACACCUGUACUAGUUUUCACGAUGUCUUCUCUGUGAUCUUUUGUGCCUGUGACUGUUCUGUCGCGAUAAAUUGGAAAUUGAUCUUCCAUAGAUCUAAUAUGUGAAUUAAAAAUUUGUGAUGAAAAUGAUGCAUACAUUAGUGUGUAUUAAAGUGAUCAAUAUAUUUAAUGAGACCAAGGCUCUAUGGAACAUCUUUGUUUCUAAAGAUAAACAUCAUCAAAGAGCAACACUCUAUAUCAACCCAUGAACGUGCUACCAAGUUUCGUUUCAAACCUCUCAGAAUUCAGGAGGUUUUCUAAAAAAUGACACAAAAAACAGUGCUAAAUCCCUGAAGAGAAAAAGAAGGAAUUGCAAAGGUUCGACGAAUGAUCCUGAAUCAGGAUGGUGAUCGCGAGCGAAUCAGCCGUCGGGACAGUAUCCGGCACGUGCAGCAAACUAAGAAGGUCUCGUAGACUAUCGUCGACCCGUGGUUUACGGGUCAGGACAAGCACAAACACAAGCGACCAAACGAUUCCACGGCAAGAUCUCAAUCAGAAGCUCGGUUUGUGUCCCAUAGUUAGUGGAAACGUGGCCGGUACAAAGGCUCGUCCAACGAUCAAUUGGGAAUUGAACGAGAGAGUCAGCCUGAGCAGCGGUUCAAGCGCCGGUCUUCAGGUUCGUCCAGACGCGAAGAAAGGGAUCGAGCUGAGCGGAAAUCGAAAGAAACCGGAUAUCGAAGUUAACAAACGAUCUACCAACGAUAGAACAAGUUUAGAACUGAUGAACGUAUCCGGUUAUCAGCAGGAAGAAAAGAAACGAAAGGACUCUUCAUGGUCCAUCGAGAUCGACUCCCUCGAACGUCCAAACGACGAGAACGUGAUUAAAAGCGAUUCUAAAUAUGAAAUCGGUACUCCAAGCGAAGGAUCCGCAUCCAGGAAAUUAACGAAACAAAGACGUCAACUUACCGGUUCGACCAAGACCCGGAAGAACGAGGAAGAAUGCGUGAAGAAGGUUGACAAGACGAACGAUUCCAUUACCAAGAGACUCGAAUUAAUCCACGAAUUGAAUCAAAAGAUCCUGGCUAACUACGAACGCUUCCAACAAAAAUCAAAAUCCAGGAAUCACUCGAAGGACGGUCAGAAUAAGAAUCCGAAGGAGCAACCUGGAAGAAGUCGAGCGAUUUUGAACGAUGGAAAAGAAGCUCGGAAGGAAGAACACGUUUACGUCGAAGCUCGACGUAAGAAUAAAACGAAGAUGGAUAACAAGGAUGAUACGUGUAAGGAUUCGUUGAGACAACGCAAGACGGACGUCAACAAGUUCACAUUCUCAAAAGAUCAUUGCGAGAAACUGACGUCGUCGAAGGAUCAAACCGACUCCGAUAAGAGACGAUCGACGAAGGCUGUGUCGAAGUCGAGGAUACUUCGCGAUAACGAGAACUUCAUCAUGACCAGCAGACCAGGUUUCUACGAUCAGGAGGAUAAAGAGAGGAGAUCGGCUUCGAGGACUGAAUACAGAUGGAAGAAAACCGAGGGAAAGAAAAGUUCCAAGUCGGUUUUUUACUCGAACGUGGAGGACACGAAGAAUCACGUAGACGAGACGAUCAACGAGGACACCGAUUGUCUAGGGAGCUCGAGAUUCUACCCGGAGAACUAUGGCGAUCGCUUUAACGAAGCGAGAACCGACCAACCGAAGCAAGAGGAAACGGAAACUCGUGACGCAAAUGGAAUCGAUGAGAAUAAAGAUCGAUCCGUGAAGGAGAUUCGGAUCGAUCGUGUUACCUUGGAGGAGGAAAUUCUGGAGAAUCUUGACGAGACUAUCGGUAGCUUCGACAACGAGAAAUCGGGCAAAGUUGAGGAAAAGAUCGACGAGACGAAGGUUCACGGUUUCAAUUGCGAUUCAAACGAAAGUAGUAACAGUACAAUUUUGGAAUUGACCAGUCCGAAAGUAAGCAGGCUUCAAGAAACGUUCAAUUCCUCGUGGGAUUCCGGAGUCGGCGUCGAUGUCGGCACCGGAAGUGGAUGGGUUAGAAUCCACACGGGUAUCGAGAGCAGCCUCGUCUAUCUUACUCUGGAUACCACUGCUAAAGAUGUCUGCAGGGAUAUGCUGCUCGGCGACGACCUGUCUCUGUUUAUUCAGUACGGAGGCGAGUCUGGAAGGAGAUUGGCUUCGGAGGAGAAGCCGCUGGAGAUACAGGAUCAAUUUCUCCAAAAGCUUGGCUACCAGGACGUAUCCAGACGGUCUCGGCUCGGAGUCGAUCCUGAGUUACGACACCUCAUCGCUUUCCACGUGGGACCCGCAUCACCCUUGCCAGAACUAACAGGGUACAGUCGUUGUGGGUACACCCUGGUACUGAAAGGGUUGGUUUUUCCCCAAUGGAAGAGAAGAGUCCUAGCUGUCAUUGGAUCCAGGCUGUUCCUUUAUCCGGCCUGUCCAGAAUCCCGACCCGAAUGGAUGGAGCUAGCCGGUGGUGGUGGUGCCGUGUGUUAUGCCCCGUCACGUCUUGGUAAACUCGUGCUGCGUAUCACUGGAUUUCCAAGGGUCACUCAACAGUGUCAUCAAAGUCAACAACAAGGGGACAGUCACCAUCGCGAGACGCGACACUUGUAUCUUGGCUUUCACCACCCGUGGGACAGGGACUUGUGGAAAAGUUGGAUUAAACAGGCUAUACAGUUGUCAUCCUGUCCAAAACAAUUGGAUCUGAGCAAUGGUGGUCUGUCAAGAGUUCCUGACAGUGCCAUAGCGUUUCCAGCUAUUGAAGAAUUGGUGUUAAGCCAGAAUCAACUUACAAACACGAACAACAAUCUGAUACUGUUACACCGGUUCCCGAAACUUCGUGCACUUCAUUUGGAGAGCAACGAGUUGAUGAAAAUUCCACGAGAGUUACUGGAGCUUAGGGAGUUAACCUACCUCAAUCUCUCAGACAACAAAAUUGAGAAGAUUCCCGCUGACAUAAGCCAGCUUAUCAACCUGAGAGAGCUAAUCUUGGAUCGUAAUGGAAUCAAAGAGUUGCCGCACGAGCUCGGCAAGCUGAAGAACUUGAGAAACAUUUCCUUGGCUGGAAAUUGCCUGAACGAUCUUCCAUCUUCCUUCAACAUGCGAACUCUUGCGCUAACGGAUGUCUUGUCAAAGAGUGAGCACAGUAAAGUAUACAGAGAUGAAAAAAACAAUCAGAAUAAUUUAUACAAAGUCAACCUAAGGAAUAAUCAAUUGAAAGGGAACAUAAUUCUUGGGAAUUACGGAAAUUUAACGCAUCUAGACGUGAGUGAAAAUAGCAUUGAGAAAUUGGACAUCAGUGCUCUUCAAGAAUUAAGAAGCGUUCGUUGCGCGCGAAAUCUUUUAACAGAACUUACGGUCUGCGGGAGAAAUCUUAUUUCUCUUAUUGCUGGAAAUAAUAAACUGAAAAAAUUAACUAUCGAACCGGUACCGGUGAAUCUUGAACAUUUGGAUGUAUCUUAUAAUAAUUUAGAUGCACUUCCGGAAUGGACACCGGAUCUACCCGUGUUGCGUGCACUUUUUGCAUCCCACAAUACAUUAACAGCCCUUCCAGACAGGCUGCUAACACAGCCAUCGAGACUGGAGGUUCUUCACUUACCUCACAAUAGGCUGCAGGCUCUUCCACCACCCCGGAAACCAUUAAACAUCGUUCACUUGACUCUGCAAGACAAUGCACUGACAGUGUUACCGAUGAGUUUCUUCGUCAACACUGAAAAGAUGAAGGUCCUGAACCUCUCCAAUAAUCGGCUAUCAGAACUUCCUCACUUGGGAGAGGGGAACAAAGGUCGACCCAGUAAUCACAGUUUGGAAAAGUUGUAUUUGACGGCGAAUUGUUUAACGGACACUGCCUUGGAUACUUUGGCGAAAUUGAACUCCUUGCGAGUUCUUCAUAUAGCUUACAACACCCUGGAUACUCUUCCAGAAAGUUGUAUAGCUUCGUGGAGAGACCUGGAAGAAUUAGUGCUAUCUGGUAACCGUCUUCAAUAUCUACCGGAUAACGUGGCUAAUUUACGACACUUACGAGUGCUGCGUGUCCAUUCCAAUCGACUUCUAACUUGUCCGACAUUCAAUAAAACAGCAUCGUUGAAGGUACUAGAUUUAGCCCAUAAUCAACUGGACAGAGUAAAUCUGGCCACCCUGGUACCGCCACAGCUUCAAUUUCUUGAUAUAUCCUGCAAUUCGAGACUCCACGUGGAUCCCAGACAAUUCCAAGUGUAUAGAUCUCAACGACCGAUAUCCUUAGUCGAUGUGUCAGGACAAAAUAGACCGAGCUUACCCUCUCACCCCCAUCAGCAAGAGAUUGUUUCCGCUGAGAAGGGUACCGAUCAACCGUGGAGACUGGGAUUCUCUGAAACAGCAGGAUCCAGAGAAAGAUUAUACGUUUCACAAGUUAGAAUGCCAUCGUUCUGCAACGUGGAAGGUCUUUUCGGUAUAUUCGACGGUGGCUCGAACCAGGAAGCACCCAACGCUCUUCAAGAAAUGAUACCUCGUCUCCUACUAGAAGAAAGAACCGUCAGGGAAACAUCGAAAGAAUAUUUAAAAUACACGUUGCUCUCAGCUCACAGGGAGCUGAAGGAAAAGGGUCAAAAGUAUGGAAUCGAUGCAACGUUGGUGCACAUUGUCAAAAUUCAAUCUCAACAGGGUUAUCCAAAACCAGCGACAAAGUAUUCUUUGAAAGUAGCUUCUUCGGGGGAUGCGAAAGCAGUUCUCUGCAGAGCUGCUGGCCCUUUAACCCUAGCGCCAGCCAAAAAGUUUCCUGUAAGAAAUCAAUUAGGGAACGCUGCUAUGUUCCCCAUGGUAGUUCCCGAUCCAACCUUCGAGGAGGUGGACCUUGAAGACGACGAUGAAUUCGUGGUAAUUGCUAAUAGAAGACUGUGGGAGGUGUUGAGCAUUCAGGAAGCUGUACGAGAAGCCAGGGCCGAAGCGAGUCCUGUAUUGGCUGCUAAAAGGCUCCAGGAUUUAGCGCAGGCUUAUGGCGCAGAGGAUAAUUUGAGCGUUAUAGUCGUACGAUUAACUGGUCCUAAUCAAGGCGAUUUAGAUCAACUUAUGAGGGAAUUGAGGCAUGCCGUUGGGAAAAACAGAGGUCAGACCGAGGGAGGAUGUCCUUGUCCUUGUUGCAUGCCACCGGCUGCUCAUAAACCACCGGGACCUUGCUGUUGUCACGCGAGCGAGGGCUAUUAUUUAAAUGGCGUGCUGAAGAGCAUAGUGAACAGAUCAAAUAAAGCUCACAAUGGAUCCAAUAGAUACUUUAAAAAUAGGAGAUCCACCCAAGAGAAUGAAAGUCCACCGUAUAAAGACGACAGAAGUUCACCUAGUGGUCAGUCCGAUCAAGCCAGCGAUAGCACCUUCAAAUCCAGGCAUCCUUCCGGCAGAGUGUGGUCCGGAAGCGCAGCCUCCAGGGCCACGAACAAAGCUCGUCAAAGUGUUUUCGUCAAUGAAAACGGUACUAGAAAGGUAUCAACGUGUGUAACAGCCCAAGAGGAUACCAUGUCUGAGAGAUCAGGUGCGCUAAGCGAGGAACAGUUCCGUUGUUGGGAAUACAUGCUCGAACAGAACACUCAAUUGUUAUUCGACAAGGAAUUGGACACUCUAACGAGAACCCCUUUACGACGUGGACAAUCGAGAUCCACGCCUCAAUUAGGAAGCAAUUUGCCUUUUCUAUCGAAGAGAUUCGGAAGUGCCAGGUCUUUUAAUCCUUCCCUACCGAGGGCACCGAUUGUACGAUUUGGUAGCGGAAGGAGAUUACUGAACGGGGGACCAAAUGCGGCUUAUUUCGGUAGCUUGCAGAGGCUAAUGCCGUACAAUCUCGAAUACGAUUUCGCUGUCAUUCAGGAAAGAAACGGAUUAGACUCUUUGGAACAGGAUGCGACAAGGAUGCAGCAAUACUGGGGGGUCGCUACGACUGAAUUGUGAUGUACAAUAGAGUCUUGCACAAUCUACUGGAUUCUGAAAUUGUGAUAUGUCAAAAGGUGCGCGUUAUCAGUAUUAAUCGAUGAUGAGGAAAUGUCAAAUGGAUUUAAUUAGAAUGAAAGAACUGAUAAGGUGAGGCCAGUAGUGCAACUCUAAAGAAAUAUUAUUUUAAUCUUCUAUUUUUAUCAUGAUUAUAGAUUUUAUCUUCUACAUGGAGUCAAUGAGUAAAAUUGUUAUAUUUGUUUUGAAUCUUUGAAGUCGAGUAAUGAUUUCAUGUGGUGUGCUGAUCUUAUACAGUUAAUUAUUAGGAAAAUAUUUUUAUCAUGUUUAUUGAUAUAAACUUACUGAAAUUGUUUUGAAACUGCUGAAAGGAUCAUUUAAUUUCACAAACUGAACAAGUUAUCGUUACAGAUGAAUAUUUACAUACAGAUAUCACGUUGCUUCUUCACAACAUUGAACAGGGGAUUAAAAAUAUUUAUAAUCGCACUACGUCAUUGCCAAAUGUUUGCUUGUAAACUGUACUAAAAUGUCCUAAAUAUCAUAUGAUAAAAGAACAUUAAAAAGAAUUGAUUACCAUGCUUACACGUUGCAAACAGAGUUACUAUCAUAAAUCAUAAAUGUAAAUACUGGCUUUGAGAAGCAUAUAUAAUAUUGUACAUAAGCAUCAUGCAUUAAAGAGACUCGUAAUUUGAAGUAACUGAUCGAGAUGUAAUUAUCUACAUAGCAAGAUAAAUUAUGUAUCAAACGUUGCACGAGAUUAGUGGCUCGAUCUUACAAUACUCGUGUUCAGUACACGAUUACGCACUUCUAGGAAGUUGAAGAAAUCAUUUGAAAACAACUUCAAUGCGUCAUCUCUUCGUUCUCUUCCUAAACACGAGUCUUCGAUGAUGAAAUAUCAUUUAGAUAUCGAAUAGAAAAAUGCAUUUAUGCAUGAUAUUUAAUUUUAAGAAAUGAUUCUCUUCUAUAUUUUUGUACUGAAGAAAAAUAUGUAGCGACUUUUGUACCUGAAGCUACCAAAUAAACCAUCAAACAAGAAGAGACACUUUUGUCACGUUAAAAAUUCUUUUAAUUUAUAUGGUCAUACGUUGACCCGGAACUAGUACAUUUAGUUAUCCAACUUAUACAGUGAUAAAUAAUCUCUUCCACCCAGACAUCAUCCAAUUAUCACUGUUUUCUUGUCAUCUAAUGUGCUGUAUGGUGGCCUUGAUAAAUAUUAUCUUAUUUGUUGAACAGUAUUAAACUCUCUAUUUCUCUGAACUCUUAUUACUAAAUCAGGGAAACUGAUUAAAAUACGAUAGAAGAGACUUUCUUUUUCUGUUUAUUGAAUGUCGGAAACGUGUAUGACCUCCGUUUAAGAUAAACGGUAAACCUUGAUCAAGUAUAAGAACCUAAGCAAGAGCUUCAUCGAAUCUUGGUUAUUACAUUUUUAUCUCUGUGACAAUGUUAAAAAUAAAUCUACUCGACAUUUUAUGUAACUUGAUCAAAUUUCACGUGAUUCUAAAUUGAUUUAUACUAUAUAUGCACCGAUAAUGUUCUGCUUAGUGUAUUCUAUUAAUAAUGUAAGAUAUGAAAUUGAAAGGUGGAAAUUUAUAAUUACCAGUUAUGUUAAAAUCUCAUCGCAUACUUUAUUAAUUAUAUAAUUAUACAAUAACAGGUUUAUACAACGAGUAAAGUUAGUAUAUGUACUUAUUUGUGCCACACCCCCGUGCUGAUAAAACGUUCAGCCAAUAUUUUUGGAUUGUUGAGUAAUUAAAUAGAUAGAAGCAGAAUCUCGAGUACUCGUGUUAUCAACGAAUACACACUGGCAACAUCUGGUGAUCGCAAAUAAUAAUCGCGUUUAGGUUGUUGUAAAAGGCUGAUAUAAAUUUCAGGAAGAUUGUAAUCUUGCUGUUGUACAGACAAUCGCACUUAUGAUUUUUAAUUAAACAAUCGCACGAACAUCUGGAUAUAAAAUUUGAAAUACAUUGUUAAUUGUUUUAAUAUUGAUCGGUGAAAUUGUUAUUGUUUUUUAGAUGGAAAAAUUCUGACGGUGAAACAAUUCCAAGAGGAAUAUGCGUAUGAUAAAUGACCAAGAGGACGUCCAUAAACACGUCAAAUAUAUUAUUUAUACGUCUGAUUAAAUGUCUGUUAAAUGACAUACGCCUCGUAUGUGCGUUGGUACAAUCAUUGAUUAAAAAGCAGAACACUUGAAUGUUGAACUUUGAUGAUAAUUAUACUGAUAAAGAUCAAAAUUCAAUUGCAACGUACUCGAAUUUUGUAAAUACUUCAAUAGAUCUGUGAUCUAAUCGCCAGGUAUAUCGAUUCGUUUAAUACAUUUGUAAAAA